AGUGCUUUUGAUCACUUAUUAAUACUCUCUGAUUGGCUCUUGUUUUAUUAUUCGUCUGUGCAAUAUUCUUGAGUCAGUGCUUGGUUCAAGUUCGGUGGUGAUGGCUCUGAAUUUGCCCUCUCCAGCUCAAGUGAAACCCUUAUUUUUCUCUGACACUCUUAACUCAAACACCUCCACAAAACUUUCAGGUAGCUUUGUAUUCAAGAAAAAAGAACUUGAGACAACAGUGAAGAGACGAGUUAUUUGCUCUGCACAAUCGCCACCAUCAGCUUGGCCAGGAACAGCUAUUCCUGAGCCUAGUGAUUUUAAGACAUGGGAUGGACCAAAACCAAUCACUGUCUUGGGAUCUACUGGUUCAAUUGGAACCCAGACACUUAAUAUAGUGGCAGAGUUUUCAGACAGAUUUAAAAUUGUGGGGCUUGCAGCUGGUUCAAACGUCACUCUUCUUGCAGAUCAGGUAAAGACAUUUAAGCCUCAAGUUGUUGCUCUUAGAGAUGAGUCUCGAAUUGAUGAACUCAAAGAGGCUUUGGCUGAUUUGGACCACAAACCUGAAAUCCUCGUGGGAGAGCAAGGAGUCGUAGAGGUUGCUGGUCACCCUGAUGCAGCCACUGUAGUUACAGGAAUAGUUGGUUGUGCAGGAUUGAAGCCAACAGUUGCUGCAAUUCAAGCAGGGAAAGACAUAGCAUUGGCAAACAAAGAGACAAUGAUUGCUGGAGCCCCUUUUAUUCUCCCUCUUGCCCACAAGCAUAAUAUAAAAUUUCUUCCUGCUGAUUCAGAACAUUCUGCAAUUUUUCAGUGUAUCCAGGGGUUGCCAAUAGGUGCACUCAGGAAAAUCCAAUUAACUGCAUCUGGAGGUGCUUUCAGGGAAUGGCCUGUUGAGAAGAUGAAGGAUAUUAAAGUUUCUGAUGCACUAAAGCAUCCCAUCUGGACUUUGGGAAGAAAGAUAACAGUGGACUCUGCUACUCUUUUUAACAAGGGUCUAGAAGUAAUUGAAGCACAUUACUUAUUUGGAGCAGAAUAUGAUGAUAUUGAGAUUGUUAUUCAUCCACAAUCUAUCAUACAUUCUAUGAUUGAAACACAGGAUUCAUCUGUUAUUGCACAGUUGGGAAUACCUGACAUGCGAUUGCCGCUCCUUUAUACAUUGUCUUGGCCAGAAAGAAUCUAUUGCUCUGAAAUAACUUACCCUCGCCUUGAUCUUACCAAGUAUGGUAAGCUAACAUUUGAAGCUCCUAACACCGCAAAGUUUCCAUCCGUGAAUCUUUGCUACGCUGCUGGGCGAGCUGGAGGUACCAUGACAGGAGUUCUUAGUGCAGCAAAUGAGAAAGCUGUAGAAUUGUUUGUUGAAGAAAAGAUUAGCUAUCUGGAUAUUUUCAAGGUUGUGGAGCUAACAUGUGACGAACAUCAAAAAGAAUUGGUAGCAUUUCCUUCACUUGAAGAAAUUGUUCACUAUGACCAAUGGGCACGACAAUAUGCUGCUGGUCUGCAAAAAGCUUUAAGUUUUUGAACACCUCAUGGCUGUGUUGGAUUGUUAGUUACCCACCGCUGGCAUAUUUUUGUAAAUUAUUGAUGGGUUUUCAUCAAUUGUGUUAAAUGUAAACUGGGGCUGGCUAACAAAAAAAAAAUUGUAAACUGGCAGUCAUAAAUAUACUUUAAGAUAUACUCGUAAAAAUGGUUUCACUGGAA